CACACUCCGCAUUUACCACACCCCAGCGCUGCACCCACGUCGAUCGUUUCCUUAAUUUGUCUUGAGAAUUGUUGAGCUCGCGAGCUGCCGACAGCAGGGAUGGCCAGCACCACAAAGACUGGCAGUCGCUACAACGGUGAUGGGCUUCCAGCUUCCUCGUUGUCGCACGCGGCUGGCCUUUCGAGAUCGUCCUCGUUGUUGAGCGGCGGUCAUGGUGGCAGCCUCCUGUCUUCGUCGCUCUCGAACACAUCCAACCUGUCCAGCCUGACCCAUGCUGGCGGCGCCGCAAGAUCGCACACGGGCACAAGCAGCCUGUUGGCCAGGUCAUCGAAGACAGGAGCUGGCGUGAGCACCGUCAACAAGCUGCUGUGUUCUUCGGCGUCAUCAGCAUCAGGAACAGUAUCGUCGCUGUCGCAGCUCUCAGCCCUGCGACAGCACAACAAGGACCAUCAUGCGGGGGCGCAGGAUCUGGCACAGGAGCAAGAGGAGGAGGAGCCGCGGCUGUUCACGGGCUUCAUCUUCUGUGUGGACGGCAUGGCUCCUGCCCAGCGGCAGAAGGUGAGCAAACUGCUACGGCAGCAUGGCGCCACCACAUCCGUCACCGUCUCGGAGGAAGUGAACGCGCUUCUUGUGUGGAACCUCGAGCCAGAGACGUUCAAGAUGAAGGCUGCGAAGCGCAAGCACGUCCCGAUCCUGCUCAGCUCCUUUGUCUAUCGCUGCAUCGAAGAAGACGCCAUCGUUCCCUUUGACAACUUCCUUUGCGGAACCACCACUGAGCUGACAAGCGGCGUCAUAUCUGCCUCGAAGGAUGUCACGUCCGCCAAUCCGCAGGACAGCGAGCGCAGCGCCCUCCAUCGCAAGCUCAAGCGCACCACGCUCAAGGAUCUGCGUGACAUCAGUGUGGCAAGUGAGCCGGCUGGCGUGUAUCAUGUGAUCCAAUAUGGGCUCUUCCACAACGCCCGCAGUGGCCGCUUUGCAUGCGUUGAAAUGCAUAUGCACCGCAACUUUGACCCAGCCGCAGAGCACGACAUUGCAUCUUGUGGUGACGGCCAUCAACAGCAACAGAAAGACGAGGACGAUCGCGCUGACACGAGCACCGAUGAUGACAGCGCCAGCAAAUACGUCAAACACGUGCACUUUGUGGUUGACGGAGAAACCCACUGGCCCGCAGGCGAACAACACACCACCACCACCAAUGUUGACAAUGGCGACAACAACCACGACAACGGCAACAACAACGAUAACAACGACAAUGACGCUGACGGAGACAUUGACGAUGCGGUCAUUUCUGAACUGCCGCAGUUGCGCGUGUACGUCAACACGCAGGACAUGGACGGCGAGGAAAACUCCCACCGCGCCAUGCCGUGCCCGUCCUUUGCUGCGCUGGAAAUUGUCUUUGCCGCCAUCGUCGACCGCUUCGUCGGCGCCGGAUUCGCCCACCUCAGACUCAUACAGCCCGCAGCCACUGUUGGGUCUGUGCAUCUGCAGCAGCAGCUCAGCAACACCAUCGAAGACGACGCAACCAACGGCGCAACGAGUCGUGACAUUCCUCUUGCUGUUCGGCAUCUCAUCGUGCACGCACACGACGACGCAAAGAAGAAGAUUGGCGAUACCGUGUCGCUGCCGCUCGGAGCUGUGAGCGCUCCGCAGUUGGACGACGCCGUCGCUUCGCUCAUCAAGAUUGCACGCGAGCUCGCACGCCCCACCCCGCGCCGGCAGACGCUGCGGGCGCUGACGAACGAGUACUACAAGCGGAUUCCGCACAACACAAGCGAGCGCUUCGAUGUCAUUGAUUCCAUGCACAAGAUCGCCCGCGAAGAGGACCUGUGCUCGCUCCUGCGCAGCGUCACGCUCACGUCCGAGCUGCCGUUCUCCAUCUCAGACGGCGACCACGGGUUUGCGCGGCUGUACCGUGCGCUGAAUUGCGCAAUCACGCCGCUGGACGGAACAUCCGUCGCACACAACACCAUCCAGAAGGCGCUCGCACCCGUGUUGAGCGGCCGCAAGCUGUCCUUUGCCACGCAGCAAGCAGGUGCCGUGACGCAAGAUGACUCCUCCUUCAAGCGAACGCCCGCGCAGGAAUGGCGCGUGGAACGCAUUUAUCGCGUCACACGCGUGGACGCCGACAUUCAACAGAGCGGGCUUGACAAUGUGCGUCUGCUGUAUCACGGCACGCCGGCAGCAAAUGCCUUCAGCGUCCUCGCGCGGGGCCUGCUGCUGCCUGAUGUCGCCGUGAGCGAUUGCGGCGGUCUUCGUCGCGAUCCAGGCAAACUCGGCAGCGGCGUGUAUUUCGCUGAGGACCCGCGCGUUUCGCUCUCGUACGCGACCGUCACGUCCUCUGGCCGCGUGCUGCUCUUCGUUGCAGAGGUUGCGCUUGGUCGCGUGUACUCGACGACGGAGCCGAUGUGGAACAUCAAACGCCCACCACGAGGAUACAACAGCGUCGUUGGUCAACCGCCUGUGUCGGCAUCAUCAUCCGACAACACGGACAGCAGCGACAGCGAGAGCGAGACCCACCAUGGCAGCAACGACGGCACACACAACAGCACUAACACCCACAACAGCACUAACACCCACAACAGCACGAACACCAACAGCAGCAGCGGCAGUCGGAAGAUUCAUGCGAAGAGCAAAGUUGCGUUUCCCGAUCGCGAGUUUGCAGUGUACGACCUCCGCCAGCAGCGUGUCAAGUACAUUGUGCAACUGUGCCCGGUCGUGAUGCAAGAUGGGCAAGGGCUUCGGGCGCUGGAGCAGCGACUGAAAGGCGUUGACGAUGAGGAGGCGGCCAGGAAGGCGAAGGAGGAAGAGGAAGCGAAGCAGCGCGCAGCCAAGCACACCGCAUACCAAAACGCUUUUGUGCAGCAGCCAGCGACGGAUGUUGAGUGGGUGUUGCCGCUGAGCCGCGAGACAAUGCUGGCCAUCGUGCCCGAUGACGCCACGUGUCGCCGCAUUCAGCACCUCCGCCGCCAACACGACCCCAUCCACGCAGACACCAUCCCGCCCCACAUCCCGCUGCUGUCGCCGUUUGUGGCGCCACAGCAGCUCGAUCAGGCAGCAGUCGUGCUCACGAGCGCACUCGCGGAUGCACCGCCCAUCACCGUCUCCCUGUCAUCGGCCCGUACCAGUACAAGUACCAGUACCACUGGUGCCGCUGGUGGACGAAAGGGCCACAAAGCCCUUGCUUUGACGCCAGACAACCCGCAGCCGCUCACGGCGCUCUUCACGCAUAUCCGCACUGCCCUCGGUCCGGAGUUUGCGCAGGCGGCGCCACCGCAACCGCACAUCACAGUCGUGUCCUCUGCGGCUUCGAAUGCCUGCAAGCAAUUGGUGUCACGCAUCAACAGCGCGUGGAAGCCCGCGCGGUUUGUGGCGCGCCAGCUCGUGCUGAUGCAACGCGACCAGAACAGCCCGCACAUGCACGUUGUUGCACACGUGCCCCUCGGCAAUGCCACUGGUGGUGGUGAUGGUGAUGACGAUGACACGAGGCGUGGACUCGGCAGGUUCUGGUUCCCAAUCUCACAACAACUGAGUAGCAGUGAUGGCGAUGGUGAGGGUGGUGAUGGCGAUGAAGACGUGUUUGCUCGCAUGCGGAUGCUGAGUGACACGGACACGGAAUCAGACGAUGAGAGCGACAACGAUGACGAUGACGACGAUGAACAACGGGGCGUGGAAGGCAGCAACCUGCGUGAUCUGCCCAAUCCUCUCGAUGCUGUGACGCCCGGUCUGCAGUCGUCGUCGGGGGCACCGCUGCCACUGCGCUCCGUGCACGUGCGAGGACGCGUUGUGGAUCUCGUUGCCACGUGCACGGCCUACCAGACAUAUGUCAACGACAGUAGCGAGGCGAUGGAGGCCAAGUACGUGUUCCCGCUGGACGAGACGGCGGCCGUGUGCGGCUUUGAGGCGUUUAUCAACGACAAGCACGUGAUUGGCAAGGUGAAAGAGAAAGAACAGGCACGACGGGAGUACAAGAAGGCGAUUGAGGAAGGACACGGUGCCUACUUGAUGGAGGAAGAAGAGGAGGCGCCCAACGUCUUCACCGUCAGCGUGGGCAACCUGCUGCCAAAAGCGCGUGUUGUGAUCAAGAUCACGUUCAUCAUGGAACUCGCCGUGGAGGACAGGCAUCUUGUGUUCCGACUGCCGGGCGCCGUGUCGUCCAACACACGCGACGCGGCUGCUGAUCACGCAACGCAGACAGCGGUGGCGACGACAGCGGCUGCUGUGGAUGGUGUUGGGCUUGAAGGUGGCGUGUCAAUCGUGCUGUCGCUUGAGAUGCCAUCGCUCAUCGUCGGCAUUCGCAGCCCCUCGCACCCGCAGGACCUCAAGGUGAAGACAACAGACACGCUGGCCACGGUGGAGGUGUCUGACAUCUCGACGUUUGGUGACGACGGGUUCUUGCUUGAUAUUGAUCUCGACAACAUCAACGCCCCGCGCAUGUGGGUUGAGGAAGCGCCCGCAACACACACGCGUGCGUGCAUGCUCGCAUUCUACCCUGAAGUUGAUGCACCCGCGCUCGACGUGGCGUACCACUUUAUCUUGGACCUGUCUGCCUCAAUGGCAAAAUGCCUUGAGGACGCAGUCAACCUCGUCAUCCUCGGCGUUGAGGAGCUCCCCACGUCCGCCGCCUUCAACGUCACCGUCUUUGGCGAUCAGGCCGAGACGCUGUUCCCGCGACACGUUCGCAAGACACCGCGCCGUGCACGCACGGCCAUCCGCUUCCUGCGCCGCUGUAAGGCAAACCUUGGCACGACGAACAUCGAGGCGGUGCUGGCUGCCGCUGGGUGGCGGAAGCGCGCUGGUGCAGACGUUGCCUGCAUGCUCGUCUCCGAUGGCGAAUUCCUGGACCAGCAACGCGUCCUAACCGUCGCAGCAAAAGACAUGCCGCGCGUGUUCUGCUUUGGUGUUGGUCAGCACUGCCACCGCCACCACCUCUCCCAGCUCGCCAAACACACCCGCGCCACGGCUUGCUUCCCCGAAUCCAAGCGCAAGUCGACGUGGCAGAAUUUGAUGCGAAAGCACAUUGCAUUUGCGAAGGAACCUGCGCUGGAGGAUGUCAAGGUGGAGUGGCACACAAACGACGACAAUGCCUCAGCUGUCGUGUGCGCACCAGCGAACAUUGGCACCGUCUUCAGCGGUCAGCGACAGAUUGUGUAUGGGUUUGCGCCCAACUGCCACAGCGCAACCCUGCACGCGUCGCUGGGGGACCGCGAGUUCUCCACCGUCGUUUCAACAACACCGCUGCAGACCCUCAAGGGAACAACUCUGCACAAGCUCACAGCACGGGCGGUGAUUCGGGACUGGUCGCGGGGCCUGCUGUCGGACAAUGCGGCGAAGGAUAAGGCCGCGGUGGAGAGCAGGAAGGCCGACAUCAUCAACAUGAGCAUCGAACACUCCAUCGUCACGGAGCACACCAGCUUUGUUGCCAUUGAGGAACGAACGGGCGACGAGAGCGGGGGCGACACGGGCCCGAGCAUCGAGGAGCUCCUGGCGCAGGAGAAUGUGGAUCAGCUGCCGUAUGUGGCGUUUAGUCUUCCACCGCGGCUGCAGCGCAAGUUGGAGGAGGAGCAGAGCAUUGCAGGGCACCUCUCCCACGCCAACGCCACCGUCAACAUCAACGUCAUGCUGGCAAGCGACUUGUAUAUGCAGGUUCUCUCGGAGGUCCGCAGGCUGCCGUUGACCCACCACACGCGCCUCGACGCAGUCAAGUCCAUUGCCACUUUUGCCACAUCCCCGGACUGCCCGAAGCGCCUCUGGCGUGCGGUGCAGCGGGACGUGCGAAGGGGCGAGAGUGUGCUGCUGCGCGGGAUGGAGACGCUGCAAGAGCGCGCGGCAGCAGCGGCAUCGGCGCACUUUGCCAAGGACGAACACGACUUCAACGACCAAGAGAGCGAUGAGCUUGCAGCCCUCCUCAACAACCUGCUUGAAGUGACUGGUGAGCUGCCGCACGAGGAACCAACCAGCAGCAGUGGCACCAGCAGCAGUGGCAGCGAUGCAGACGACACUGAUGACUUCUCCAGCGCUUCCAGCGAGGAGGACUGGGACAACGACUCCGACCUCUCAUAUGAAGAGGAAAAUGCAGAGAACUGCGCAGCGGCUGCUGCAUACGAAAAGGAGGAGGAAGAAGAAGAAGAAGAGGAGGAGGAGGAGGAGGAAUCCCUUGCCUCGUUCUUCAACACCCUGACGCAGCGAAGCAACGACGAGCCGGCACCUGUUGUCCUCGAUACAGGCAUGGCGACGGUCAAGGCCGGGUUUGCAGGUGACGAGGCGCCACGGGCCGUGUUUCCAACGCAGGUCGGACGCCCGCGCCACCAAGGCGUGAUGGUUGGGAUGGGCCAGAAGGACUCGUAUGUUGGGGACGAGGCGGCGGCAAAGAGGGGAAUCCUCACCAUGUCGAGCCCGUUCCAGCGGCCGCCGCGCCCACCAGCACUGAUGCAGGAGCACCAGGCACCCGCCACUACCGCAGCGGCACCGUCAGCGUCAACGGCUGUGCGUGCUAAGAGCGCCAAGAACGACAAGAAGCAGAAGGAGAAGAAGAAGAAGAAGGCGAUGAAGCAAGCGUCCCCAGCCCUCGCGUUUGACAAGAUCACACUAGAGGCCAACAAAGAGCAGGACCGUGAGCUCCGUAUGUCCGAUGCGCGCCUCACACAAGCGCCAAAGGCACCGGUCAUGGACAUGGACAUGUUCGAAGAGACAGACUCGUUCGUGCCUGCAAGCAAGAAAAAGGGCAGCAGCAAGGUCCGUGCCUUGUUCAAGGCCCGCGCGCAGCCACCGGCUCCAGCUGCGGUGCCAAAGCCCAAACCCGUGUCCAAACCAACGCCGCCCCCACCGCCACCUCCACCAGCUGAACCUGAGCCACAGCCUGAGUUCAAGCCGAAGAUGAGGCUGAUGAAGAAAAAGCAGCAAGAGAAGGAGGCCAUGCCUGGAGCGAAAGCAGCGAGCAUUGCCAGCACGUCUGCCGCCAGCUUCCGCCGUCCCACUCGCUCUGCUGCUGCGCCGACCCCACCACCACCGCCACCAGCAGCAGCACCAGCAGCGCCAUCGCUGCUGCUCAAGGCGGCGCCCACGCAGUCCUCACGACAGCAACAGCCUCAGGCCAUGUUUGGAGCAGGAGCACCAGCAGUACAACAGGGGCGAUCCAGAAACGGUUUCCGGCUCUUUAGGUCAAUCCGAAACAACCGACAAAACCAACAGCAACAACAGCAGCAGCAGCAGCAGCAGCAACCACGACAACAACAGCAACAACAGCAACCACGACAACAACAGCAACCACGACAACAACAGCGUUUUUCGGCCUUUGGAUCCGGUGUGCAGGCAACAACGACGAGUGCAUUGAAGCAGCAGCAGCCACCACCGCCACCGCCACCUCCGUCACAAGCAAGGGCCCCCACGUCCAUGUGCGCGGCGCGAGGUGGCUUUGCGGCGAGGGCUGCAAGCAGACGCGUGCACCGCACGACCAUGUACGAAUCAUCGCUGCUCACGGGGUACGCGCCAACGCCUCCCCCUCCUCCUGCGCCACCAGCACCACCAGGCGGCCUCGCAGCAGCACCACCGCCGCCACCGCCGCCCUCGGCUGGCUUCUCGCGACCCUCGCUACAGUCAGCAAAGACGACGCUGAAAGCAACGCAGCCACGGGGCGCGUCAACAGCAGCCAAUGAGACCAGCGUGUAUGCAGCACUGGCCGCAUCCAUGAGCUCACGGCGCUCGGCCAUCGCUGGUGGUGGAGGCGGUGAUGAUGAUGACGAUGACGACUUUGACGACUGGAUGGAAGACGCAGAGGAUGGCGAUGGUGGCGGCGGCGGCGGCGGUGUCCGGUUUGGAUAUGUCAGCUCGAUUGGACAAGUCGAUAGCGCGUGGAGGACGUCCAGCCGAGCGACCCACACCAUCCGCCCAACAACACACGCCGCGCUGGCGGCCGAAGGGGAGCGGAGGAGGAGAGAGGAGCGAGGCAGGAUGCUGGACGAAGAGAAGGCGGCGAUGGAGGCGGCCAGGCAGAAGAAACUGGAAGCGAUUCGCAAAGCAAAAGAGGCGAUGGCCAUUGAAGAGGAGACCGUGCGAACGAUGACGGAAUACGUGAAGCCAACUGCGCCGACGACGACGACAGCAGAUGGCACAUCUGCACAGGCACCAACCGUCAACCAGUUCCUCGAAGACUUUUCCCUCAUCAUGCGCUGGUUUGGGUGUACGCACGAGGCGUACUCGGCGCUGAUUGCCCUUCUCCAACGGAUGGUUGACCGCCCGCUCGUCGUUGGCGCUCCCACCGCCACCUGGCUCUCGCCCGAUCCUCCACACGACCUCAGGCAGCGCCUCCAGCAGACGCGCGCAUGGGGCUUGCUGCGCAUGCGCACGAAUGCGUUUGAGUGCGAGGCGAUUGGCUCCAAGCUGUUGAAUGCCGUCAACAGCGCAAAGUCGUACGCGCUCAAGUUGAGUGAUCUUGAGGAAACGGCGCGUCGUCUUGGUCUUGCCCGCAGCCAAUCCGUCGCCUCUCUCCUCGACACGUUCGGCUUCUUCUCCCUCCCGCAACCAGUGCAGGACGCGCUGCAGCUGCAGCUUGCGCUUGCGUUUGUGUAUGUCGUGUGGAAACUGAACUGGCAGGAGCGCCGGGAUCUUGUUGAUGCGCUCGAAACGGUCGAGAAGAAGACGCGGUCGUAUGUGUUCCUGCGCGGCAUGCCCACAGGCACCACCUCCGGCUUUGAGUUUGGUGUCGUCACGGCUCUCGCCCUCUCUUGAGCGCACUUGCAUGUUUGUGUGUGUGUCUGUUUGUGUGUGUGUGUGUGUGUGUGUGUGUGUGUGUGUG